AAACGAAAGCCCAUCAUGAUCAUGAUGAUGAUGGCACUGCUCACGAUGAUGAUGAUGAUGGGUAGUUUGGAAAUGUUAAUGAAACGCCUUUUGUUCGCCAAUGAUGGCUUACAUCGUAUAAAAGACUUGGUCUCCGAUCGAUCGGACAUCAGUCGCUGCUCAUCGGCACUCAAGGCGUUUUUUGGAAUUGGUAUCAUCGCAUCAAGUGGAUUAGUAGUCAGCAUGAAGGUCUUCGUUUGCAUGUGUGCUCUGUUCGCUGUGGCCAACGCUGGCUUCCUGGGUCUCCUCGGAGGAGGCGGUGGUGGUGGCGGCGGCGGUGGUGCCAAUCUGAAGGCAGGCAUCAGCCUUGGAGGCGGCGGUGGCAACGGAGGCGGCGGCGGCGGCGGUGGUGGCUACGGUGGACAUGGUCCCAGUGGCCCAGUCCAGGUGGUCAAGGUAAUCCACCAGCAGGGAGGCGGCGGCGGUGGCGGCUACUCCUCCGGCGGUGGCUAUGGCGGUGGUUACUCCUACGAAGCUGCUCCCCAGGUCUUCAAGGUGAAGGUCAUCUCUGGCGGCAGCAGUGGACACGGACCUGCUCCCGGCCCAGUUUACCUGCCACCCGCAGGACCAGCCCCCGCCUCCGUCAAGGUUAUCAAGAUCCUGCAGGAAUCCGCACCCAUCGUGAGCGCCCCAUUGGUUGAGAGUGCCCCUCAGAUCGUCAAGGUGGUGAAUGUGGCUUCUGGACCCGUGGCUGGACCCUCUUUCAUCGGUGGCUCUUCAUCUGGCGGUGCCGUGUCCCAGGUUAUCAAGGUCGUCCACGAGAGCCACGACAGCGGCAUCUCAUCGGGUGGUUACUCUGCCGGUGGCUACUCUUCCGGAGGAUACUCUGCUGGAGGCUACUCUUCUGGAGGAGCCACCAAGGUCGUGCGUGUGAUCCACGAACAUGCUGCCCCAGCUGCUGGUCCCGCCUACGCCCCUAUUGAUGUGCCCGGCCCAGUGGCUGCUCCAGUGGCUUCUUACCUGCCUCCUCAGGAGAUCGCUGCUCCAGCUCCCGCUCCAGUUUACGCUGCUCCUGCUCCGGCUCCAGUUUAUGCUGCUCCAGCUCCCGCUCCAGUAUACUCUGCCCCUGCUCCAGCUCCCGUGUUCUCCGCCCCAGCUCCUGCUCCAGUGUUCUCCGCCCCAGCACCUGCUCCAGUGUUCUCCGCACCUGCUCCCGCUCCCGUUUACUCUGCCCCAGCUCCGGCUCCAGUUUACUCCGCCCCAGCUCCCGCUCCCAUUUACUCCGCACCUGCUCCAGCUCCGGCUCCAGUCUAUGCCGCCCCAGCGCCUGCUCCAGUGUACUCCGCUCCUGCUCCGGCCCCCGUGUAUGCCGCCCCAGCGCCCGCACCCGUCCUGAGCGUUCCCCAUCCCGCUCCAGCUCCCCUCUUCGCACCCGAGGAGCAGUCCCUGCCCAUCGGCCACGCUCCCGCCCAGACCUACGGCCCACCAGCGUACUAGAGCUUGUCCACCCACCAGCAAGACCUUCCUGCUACUGCAUCGAGAGCAUAUUACCAUUCCUACACAACGCCAUGAGUUAAUUUAAGACAUUUUUUUUACCACACAUUUUUUUGUUAGAAAAUACAUAG